GCCCACUCGUUUCCAGCUGGAGGCUCCGUGCACCAAGGCCUGUGUUUCUUUACGUUGCUGAACCAGGAGAGUGCUGUUGCCAGGGCUCUGCCUCCAUGCUCUGGGACCGGUCUUGGGGGUUGAAGGGGCACAGCAUCUCUCUCACACCUGGGUAGGGGCAAUGCCAGGGAGCCCUGAUCUAAGCCCCGAUCAUCAUCACUGCCAGGACUUGGGGAGGCAGUCUGGGCAGCUGGGAAGGACAGUUCCAGGUCAGCUUGGGAAGCCGCAGUGAGACGGUGCCUGUGACAGAAGGCCAUGAUGUCAGAGUCCCACCCUGGGCUCUGCAGGGGCCACCCUGCCCCCGAGGGAGGUAGAUUCAACCCCGUCAGUUUGCAGGGUCACACGCAUGGCUUAGGGGGUCUGCAGGUAGGUACAGGGUGGAUGUGAGGGGUGCCCCUUCUCCCGCCUCCUCCAGACUCCUAGGUUCCUGUGGUAGGGCUUCUUCCUCGGGUCCGUCGUUGGUGCGGUCACCUCUUCUAGCCCCAUUCAGGACUGUCUGAGGCUGUGAAGUCCCGAUGGGCUUCUGGACCCCACCUCUUCCCCUGCUCACCUGGUGGGGGGCAACAUAGGCAAACACUUAACCUUUCAGGGCUUUGGUGUCUUUACCUGAAACACAGGGGUGAUCGUAUUCUGUUCUCCAUCAGGUCAAGCAUAAAGCUUAGCAGACACUUCGCUGAGCCCAGAGCCUGGGCUUCCCACCAUGACACAGGCACCAUCCUGGGCAGGGUCCCUCAUCUGGCUUCUCAGGAGGAGGAGGGCCAAAAGCCAUAGCCAGGAGUUAGCCACCUGCCCAAGUAUGGCUGACAGUAAAGGGCUGUAGGGCCAGGACUAUGAAAGGGACCCCACCUCAAACAAAGCUCUUUGCCAGGUGGGCAAGUCAGUGGAAAAGGCCCCCUGCUCAGGGUCAGGAAGACCUUUGGGUAGGAUUGAGGGGACAGGUGGCAAGCUGGGCUGCUGCUGACAUUUCUGGGCCAGGCAAAGGCCCUCUGGGAACGCUGAUCUUCCAGAAUCAGAGACCGGGCCAGCCAGGGAGGAUGAGGUUGAAGGACCCCAAGAAGUGCCCCCAACAUAAGAAGAGGAGCACCAAGAUCCGGGAAAAUUUUGCCAGAAAGUUUCCGUACAGGUUCUCUUGGCUGACGGCCCCCAACGCAGAGUUCCCGAAGCCCUGGGAGGCCACGAAGAGAAAUGACUCGCUGCGGGAUCAGCUGCCCCUGCAGAAGACGCUGGUGCCAACAAGAUCCAUUCCAGUCAGAGGGCUUGGGGCACCAGAUUUUACAUCACCGUCCAGCCUCAGCCCUCCGCCGCUGCCGCCUCCACAGAGCUACCUUUGGGAAUUCAAGCUACUGAGCCACCGUUUCCCUGGGUCAGGAGUCCCUGCUGCCCUCACUGGUGCCCAUGCUGCCCACCCCUCCAGAGGCCUCUCCUAGAGCCCAGCUCUGUGCGGCCUCCCUCUCGGCCACCUUGCAGUGGCCCCAGAGCCCUCCCUUCCGGACAGAGGUGAACUUGAGUGGGGGGUACCGCCUCGAAGGGGCUAUUCAUCUCCUCAGAACCUGCACCGUGUGAAUAAACAUCGCAGGUUCACAUCCUGUGUCCACUUGCAUGGA